UCUCCUCAUCAUGACUCCAUAUAAUGAAAGUUGUUUGUUCGAUCCCAAAUGGCUAACCCAAACCAUAAACUUCAAAAACCCCUCAUCCUCAUGGGUAAUCACCCAGAAAAUACAAGAACACGAAACCCUCUUCUCAGCCGACGAAUAUCUAUCUUCAGGUUUCUAUUCAGAGUCAACCUGCAUAUCCACCUGUCAAGAAAUCGGGAGCUCAAAUCAAGCUAUUAUGAAAAUUCGAAUGCAGGUUCCAAAUAGUCCCGACGACGCUUCUUCUUCGGCAUCAUUUAUCCAGCCACCGGAAAGAGAAAUCUGUGGUCGAACAUUGCUUGAAAUAAAAGCACUUGAAACUAUGACAGCUGCUAAAUGUUCGUGCAUCCCGAAAUAUAUCACAUCGAAGCAUGAAAACCGAGGCUCGAAUGGCUGGGUCUCUGGUGGGUUUGUAGAUUAUAUUGUGAUGGAGAAAGUUGAAGGAGUAACUGUUUCUGAGAGGUAUGUUGAUGGAUUACAGGUUGAGGAGCAAGAUGAAUUACGGAAGGCAUUUAGAUUAUCAUACCUAGAAUGCCAGGACCUUGGCUUUGUGCACCUCGAUCAGAAUCUCACGAAUCUUAUUUGGGAUAAGCGGAACAUGAAAUGCUAUAUCGUUGAUUGGGAAGCUUGGGGCGGAAAGGCCUAUGAAUGGAGUGAUAAUGAGUAUUAUAGGUGGGGUCUGUUAUGAUUUGAUUAUGUGAGAAUGGGUGAGUUUGUUUAAUGUAUGUAGGGUUUUGCUUUUAUGACUGGAUUCGGUUUUGUUGUUACAACGAUCAAUG